AUGAAAUAUCUCAGCACAAGAGGCGGCGACGAGCGGCUCACCUUUGAGCAGGCGGUCCUGACCGGCCUGGCCCCGAAUGGUGGCCUCUACAUCCCCGCCGAGGUGCCGCAGCUCCCUUCGGACUGGCAGACCCAGUGGGCCUCGAUGAGCUUCUCGGAGCUCUCGUUCCAGGUCCUCUCGCUCUACAUCCCCACGGACGCGGCCCAGGGCGGCAUCCCGUCCGACGACCUGCGCCAGCUCAUCGACAAGUCGUACGCCACCUUCCGCCACCGCGACACGACGCCGCUGGUGCGCCUCGACGAGCGCGAGUGGUGCCUCGAGCUGUGGCACGGUCCCACGUUUGCCUUCAAGGACGUCGCCCUCCAGCUCCUCGGAAACCUCUUCGAGUACUUCCUCCAGCGCAGGAACCGCGGCAAGGUCGGCAACGAGCGCGAGAAGCUCACCAUCGUCGGCGCCACCAGCGGCGAUACGGGCAGCGCCGCCAUCCAGGGCGUGCGCUCCAAGGAGGACAUCUCAAUCUUUAUCCUCCACCCAAAGGGCCGCGUCAGCCCCAUCCAAGAGGCCCAGAUGACGACGGUGCUCGACGAAAACGUGCACAACGUCGCCGUCGAGGGCACCUUUGACGACUGCCAGGACAUUGUCAAGGCCCUCUUUUCCGACGCCGAGUUCAACGCCGCCCACCGCCUCGGCGCCGUCAACUCGAUCAACUGGGCGCGCAUCCUGGCCCAGAUCGUCUACUACUUUUCCGCCUACUUCCAGUUCCGCCGCCAGCUCGGCCUCGCGCCCUCGGACCCAGCGCCGCGCGACCUCGAGUUUGUGGUGCCCACCGGCAACUUUGGCGACAUCCUCGCCGGCUACUACGCCAAGCGCAUGGGCCUGCCCGCCGCCAAGCUCGUCGUGGCCACCAACGAAAACGACAUUCUCCAGCGCUUCUGGACCAGCGGCCGCUACGAAAAGUCGAGCGGCGGCGGCGGCAACAGCGGCAGCAGCGGCAACGCCAGCAGCGGUGCGACGUCGGCCCAGACGGCGCCGGUCGAGGGCUCCUCGGACGGCGCCCAGCAGCAGCAGCACGACGGCGGCGUCAAGGCCACCCUCUCGCCGGCCAUGGACAUCCUCGUCUCGUCCAACUUUGAGCGGCUGCUGUGGUACAUCGCCUACGAGUCGCAGCAGCAGCAGCAGUCGGCAGCGGCGUCGGCGGGCGGAUCGAGCCAGAGUCAGGGCCAGGCGGAGCGGGAAGCGGCGGCGGGCCGACAGCUGGCCGAGUGGAUGGCGUCGCUCAAGGCCGAGGGGCGGUUGGAGGUCGACGCGGCGCAGCUGGCGCUGGCGCAGCGCGAUUUCGAGGCCGAGCGCGUGAGCGACGGCGAGAUCCGCACGACGGUGCUCGAAUACUUUGAGCGCCAGCCGACAGCGCACUACGCCAAGGGCAGCUACCUCAUCGACCCGCACAGCGCCGUCGGGUUCAAGGCGGCGCACAAUGUCGUGGCCAAGCGCAGCAGCGCCGGCGACGCGUCGAGCUCCUCGACGACGACCGCGCGCCCGCACCAGGUGGUGCUUUCGACGGCGCACCCGGCCAAGUUUGCAGAGGCCGUCACGACGAGCCUCGAGUCGGCGGGCGCCCAAUUCGACUUUGAGCGCGACGUCCUGCCCGCCGAGAUGGUCGGGCUGCUCGAGAGGGAGAGGAGGGUGAUUGAGGUCAAGGCAAACGAGGGCGGGAAACGCGGCCUCGACGCCCUCAUCCACUCGACAAAGAGGGUCGUAGAGGCCCAGGCACAGGUCGUAAAGGCCCGCACAGCCGCCGCCGCUGGCGCCAACACGGCGAGCAUCUAG